AUGCGCUACGUGCUUCUCGCAGCGACCGUACUCGCCCUUCUGCUGGGCCGCAGUUCCGCCCAGCGCACCAUCAAGGUCGUCAACCAGUGCAGCUACCCCGUGUGGCCCGCGACGGUGCCGUUCGGCGAGCAGAAGCAGGCGUACGAGGACGACCGAGGCUGGGAGGCCAAAGCCGGCUCGAGCAGGGCCAUCACGGUCCCCAAUGACUGGAUCGGGCGCAUCUGGGGCCGACACGGCUGCAUCGCCAACUCGGACAAGACGCUCGCCUGCGUGACCGGCGCCUGUAUCGACAACGCGCUCCAGUGCGCCGACAACGAGUUUGGCGGCGGCGCCACGUCCGCCGAGAUCCGCCUCCAGUCGCAGCAGCAGCAGCAGUACGACGCCUACGGGCUCACGAACGGCGGCGGCUGGGGCGUCCCGAUCGGCAUCAAGCCAGCCGGCAAAGGGUGCGACGCCGUCGCCUGCACGCCCAAGCUCUCGACGUGCCCGGACGACAAGCAAAACGACUACGCCAACGCCAAGUCGUGCACGCCCGAUCUCAUCGAGUACUACUCGUACUUCAAGGAGGCGUGCCCGAACGCGCAAGCCUACUUUCAAGAUGCCCGAGCGGGCCAGUCGACCGUCACCUACAUCUGCAAGAGCGAGGACGCCCCGGGCUUCACGGUCACGUUCUGCCCUGACGGCGACGGCGACUCGGCGGGCGAGCUGUCGAGCUCGACCGACGGCGCGCAGAACGGCACAGCGAGCGCCGACGCAUCCGGCGAGGGCGCCAAGUCCGCCGGCGGCCCGACCGCAUCUGCCCCGACCACGGUCCCGACUGGCCUCGCCGCCGCCACCUCGGCCCUGUCGAUCGACGUGUCGAGCGCUAUUGCCGAGCAGAGCGGCGUCGAGACGGGCGGUCCUUCUGGCGCGAGCUCGUCGGCCACGUCGGCGGCCGCCAGCUCCAGCUCGACCCCGGCCUCCUCCUCGGCGUCGUCGGCAGCUUCUGCAGACGACGAGAGCGUCGCGCCUGACAGCGACACCGACUCGACGACGUCAAGCGGCCUCGUCCCUGGCCUGAGCAACACGAUGCUCGCCGUGAUCGCGGGCGGCGUCGCCGCGCUCCUCAUCGGCGGCGCGGUCGUCGCCUUUUGCGUCAUGCGCCGCAAAAAUCGGGCGGCGGCGCAGCAGGGGCAGGCGGCGACAGGACCUGUCGGCAGCGACGAGGAGGCGGCGACGAGCAAAUCGGCGGCGGGAGCGGGCACGGGCAAGAACCCUGCGCAGAGCUACAACGCCCUGGGCCGUCGAAGCAGUCGCGUCCGUCGUGCUCUCCUCUCGUCGAGCGAGGAAGGCUCCUCGUCCGACCUGAGCGGGAGCGGCAGCGAGGACGAGAAGUACGCUCGCCGUGGGAGCGUGUCGAGUGCGGCGAGCGCGGCGAGUGCGGCGAGUCGGCGCAGUGGCGCAAGUCGGGCGAGCCGACGUUGA